UCGAGCAGGGUCAAACCAACAAAAAGGGUUGGAGAGUAGCGGCCGGGUAGUAAGAAGGGGGCGGCAACACACGCUGCACACCUCCUCACAUGACCAGCGCCUCCUUCCUGCGAUCUUGCUUGUCUUCCUGCUUGUGCCUGGCUACUUGUCCUCAGCUCGCUCGGCACAUUCGCCUCUUCGUUCUCUUCUCCCAGCUAAAAUCUAUCUCAUCUUCUUCCCUGAACACCUCCUCUCUCCCAGCAUCCACCUCAAGAAACGAACUUGCUAGUUGAGAGAGAUACAGAGGGUAGCAAGGAUGGCGGCGGCAAUGGCGGCGGCGUGCUGCGGGCUGGAGGAGGAGACGGUGAUGGGGGAGCAGAAGGCGCCGGGGGCGUGCCCGCGGUGCGGCGGCGCGGUGGUGGCCACGGACGUGGAGAGCGUGCGCCGGGUGCUCUGCUGCCUGCCGCUGUGCGUCAAGAACAAGCGCAAGUUCUCCUGCGCGCGCUGCCGCCGCAGCCUCGCCGCGCUCUCCACCCACGCCUAGCUCCACCUACUCCCAUCCCCAUGCCGAGAUUACCUAGCGAGCUUGUCCUAAUUAGAAGGGCAAAUCAUCAGUACUAGAUUAGGAGUAGCUGUGCAAUCCAUCUGUUGAUCUUGAGUCGAUCUUCAUGUUUAAAUUAGCUUUCUAGUUUCUCUUUGCUCUUCUGUUUUGAUAUGUUAGUUCCAUUCAUGUACUUUCUCAUGGUUUCAUCAUGGCCGUCCUUUUCUUC